UACACUCUGUCCCUCUCGGUCCCACCCGCUGUCAUCUCCUGACCUUUCCACCCCGCCCCGCCACCGUGUCCGCUCUCGCCUGUUGCAAUCCCCGCACCCCAAAUUAGCUUUUUUUUCCUCCGGGGGGGAGGAGGGGGCUCCCUGGCUCCUGCAAUCACUUCCUUCCUCUGCCUCCUUGUGCUUUCUUGCGGUCAGGCCUCCCCGCUAUUGCACCCGAGGGGAGAGGAGAGGCGGGGGUUGCGAGACCAUCAGGCCCGGACCAUGGGGGUCUUCCGGCUCCUGCUCGGGGCACUGCUCUGGGAAGUCCCGGCAGUCCAGAACAUCCGGCUGAAGCAGCCCUCGCUGAUCUCGACCUCCGAGGGCAACUCGGAGAUCCUGCCCUGCAGCUUCUCCGCCGAGCCCGAGGAGCCCCCGCUGCGGUUCCUGGGGGUCGUCUGGUGGCGGGGGCCUUCUGGGACCGGACGGCCCAUCUUCGACUCCGAAACCGACUACGUCCACCCGGAUUACCGGGGCCGGGCCUCCGUGAAGCAGGACCUCCGACGGGGGUUCGCUUCUUUAUCCAUCCGCAACCUCCGCAAGAGUGAUGAGAACGUGUUCCUCUGCGGCGUCACUGUCAUGGUGGAGGGCGAAAAGGUCACCUGGUGGAGGCAGGAAGGGACCAAUGUCACUUUUGCAGUCCCGGCGGAGGCCCAGAAUGUCCAGGUGAAGCAGUCCUUGAAGAUCUUGACCUCCGAGGGCAACUCCGCGGUCCUGCACUGUUUCGCCUCCACCCGGAAGGGGGGGCCCCCGCUGCGGGUUCUGGGGUUCUCCUGGUGGAGGGGGUCUCCCGGGACCAAAGAGCUCGUCUUCGACUCCGCAACCAACUUCACCCACCGGGAUUACCGGAACCGGGUCUCCAUGAAGAAGGACCUCAAGGAGGGGUUCAGUUCCUUCGACAUCCAAGGCCUGCGGAAGAGCGACGAGGACACGUUCUUCUGCAGGGUCAGCGUUGUGACCGAGGGCAAAGAGGUCAUCUGUUGGAGCCAGGAAGGGGCCAACAUCACUUUCGCAGAAGGCAUCCCGAGAUUCCUGAUCCAGCAGCCGAAGGCGCUGACGGCCCCCGAGGGAGGCUCGGUCACCAUCUCCUGCCUCUUCUCCCCCCCGCCGGGCCUCGGGCCCCUGAGCAACGUGAGAGUGAUCUGGAGGAGGAACCACUUCCACGGCAAAGUCAUCUUGCGGUCCUUCCCGCCCGCCACCCCCGAUCCGGACUACGAGGGCCGCGUGACCCUGGUGGGGAACCCGGUGGGCGGGAACGCGUCCAUCCGGAUCUCCGGCCUGCGGCCCCGGGACCAGACCACCUACUUCUGUGCCGUCUACGGCCGCCUCGCCCAAGGGCAGGAGGUCCAGCAGCAGAGCUCCCUGGGGACCCCCCUCACCGUGACAGCGAGGUCGAGGGGCCGGCUCAUCAGCCAGCCGAGGUCCCCGCAGGCCCUCGAUCUGCGCAAUGACAGCUGCGUCACGGAGAAGGCCCGGGAACCCGGCCUCUGCCUCAGACCCCUCUUCUCACCCUCGGAUCUGGGCCCGCUCCUCGCUCUCUCCCUGACCCUGAAGAUCGGCACCUGCCCACCAGGCGGGAGCCACGGGCCGCCCGGCCUCCUGGCUCCGACCGGGCCGAGCCCGCUGGGGGACCCCAACAGGUCCAGUAAAGACGCCGUCCUGCUGUCCUGGGAGUCCGCGCGUCUGUGGGGGACGAGGGAGCGGGGCCUGAAAUCCGGGGGCGGGGGGGGGGGGGCGGUUGGAAGGGGUGUUAAAUGA